AUGUGUCAGACGAGCCAAGCGACAAGAUUUGGCCAGCUCCUCAUGCCGGUGAGCCCAAAGAGGUCGACUUUGUUUUGCAAUUCUGAGAAGCCAUGGAAGCAGGAUGCAGCAACCUCAGCCCAGAUGGUUCAACAGCAGCUUCUCCGCAGGGGAUCAGCAAGUAUGUCAGAGCAGUUGGGCAACUGUUCGCUUGGCGGCUAUGAUGAUGAUGCGCAUGUGAAAGCUUGCUCUGCAGGUGCAAAAUGUGCUCGAUGCACAUGGGUGAAAUAUAAGCCUGUAUGGCAGAAAGAAUUAGCAUGGUUGGACGCCAAAAUGAAUAUGGAGAGUGGCAGUUGGGGCUUGGGCUGCCGACUGUGCCAUGAUGCUCAGGAAGUGAGUCCUGAAGCCAUGUCCAAGUUUCCGGUUUCCAGGCAUCACUUUGCAAGGUAUGAAGUGAACAGUGGUGACAUUCGUGUGGCUCGUUUCCGCAAACAUGCUGCUUCGCCUGCUCACCGCACUGCUGAAAGCUACCUAUCUCCUGUGUGUCAGUGCCACCCGCCCAACUCAAGCAAACUCGUCCACGAAGGAGGUUCAAGCGAAGUCUCCUGUGCGCGACGACGGAAGAGAAAAGGUGAAAUUGUUUUCGGCAACUUUGAUUGCAGAAGGAGUGUCAAGAGCCUCCUGUCCUGCUGCAACUACGGCUGUCAAUUGGCAUGCGCUGCAAUAGCAAUCAAGGAGGCUCCAGUAGACUCCUGCAAGGACGGAGGCAUCGUACUUCUGAAUUCACUCAGUAACAAGGUACAAGGAGGUGCAAGAGGUCUCCUGGUCCUGUACAGGCCGAACGUUUCAUGUUGCAAGGAGGCUUCUGCACAAGUUGAGUUAAAAAAGAUCGCUACUAAGGCCUCUCCCUACUAUUUCCAGGAAGCAGACCCGAAUUUAGUACGGGUCAUGAGCAUGGCAGCCAAAUACGCGUUGACUCUUGCAGCUGGCCCGAAUUUAGUACGGGUCACGAGCAUGGCAGUCAAAUACGCGUUGAAUGCUGCAGUUGGCCCGAAUUUAGUACGGGUCACACGCAUGGCAUGGUACAACCUGGGUAUUCGCCGAGACGUGCAAGUGAAGCACUUUGAGUGGCCAGUGCCUUUCAAGGAGCGGCUCACGCUCAAGCAGCUCCUUGGCAAUCCUGCCAUGGAAUGGAAGUGCAACUUGCGGGAGAAGACACACGAUGUCGACGGCUCAGCUCUAUCCAGCACAGCCCGCAAGAACUUGAUCCAGUUUCAAGACUUUUUGGACAAGAAUCCGGCCAAACAAGACUCUGACUUCAUUCAACUUGGAUGGAGGACAAAUGCCCCUGCCUCACUGCCACCAGAUGCAAAGGAAAGCAUUGCUACUGGUGGCAUCAAGGCCAGAGGCGUGUGGCCUGGGGCCUACAAGCCUGGAGAUGUUGAAGAACUUCAACGUUUUCCACAAAGGGUAUUAGGACAUAUGAUUGGCAACGCCAUGUCUGUUUGUGUAGUGCGACGCUUAGUUUUGGCUCACAAAACUAGUCUAACCUGCAACAUGGCAGCAGCAGGUGAGAAGAGAUUGCCCCAAGGUGUCCUCAACAGAGCUGACUUGCAGUUGGGCGUCCAAGCCUUCUUGCUGUGGGAUCCAGCUCUCAAGGAGAAGAGCGCGUUUGAGCUGGAAAAUGCUCGUGAGGCUUUGAUUUUUUGCCAGCCUUUCUUCAAGGAAGACCGCACCAGGUCAUGUGCGCUUGCCUGUGCCAUCAUGUUUUUCACCAUCCUUCAGAUGACGCUGGACCGCCCUGGCACAGAGCCCACAGACUGUACAUGGACCGCUCACCUUUACACCAGGUCUGGACAAAUCCAGCCUAUGCAAGAGAAGAUCGAGAAAUGUCCAGCUUUGACAUCGCGCGGGUUGCUUGCAGGAAAGGUUGGUGAGUUGGAUAGCGCUGCUUCUUUUCUUUUGGGCGCCAUCAACGCCAUGCCUCAUGACCUGCUGCCCCAGGAAAUCAAUUGGAAAGCAUUGCCUCCAUUUGUGCCUGCAUGCGAAGAUGGACGUCUUGAGCAGCUGGCUAGAAAGAACGGCUGCAAGUUCUAUUCGAGCACGUCCUCUUUAACAGGUGUUCUUUCCCGGUGCUACUUCGCAAUUUCGCAGCACCGGGGCUUUGAUCCCAAAGGUCUUACAAAGUCUUUUCUGAAGAGGCGCAGAACCUUCAGCCCGAGCACCAGAUGGCCAACAGUAGUCUACUUGCGCGUGAAUGAGCCUGGUGAUGCAUGGUCCCUGACAGCUGGCGGCGAUGAUGGGAACGAUGAGAAUGUUCUGCUGGACUUGGGCCUGACGAUGGAGUACCAGUUAACCACUCCCAAGUCAACAUUUGAUGCACGAUUUCUGCAGAAGGACGAGGAAGCAGAUCCACCGGACUUGGAGAAGGAAGGACUUGCAUACAGAUUUCUAAAGGUUGGACGUACCAUGAUGCGCUCUCAGCUGGAUGCCAUUCAUCGAGGUGAAGUCUUUGAUGUGAAGACACGUGCAGUCUUUGACAUCAGACAUAACAUCACGGAUUAUGAGAACCAGAGGAAGUACCGCAUCACUCGCAUCCUGGGACAAGGUCCCAGCUACGAGCUGGAAAUCUACGAGAUGAUGCGAAAUGCGUUCAUGAAGUAUGGACUGCAAGCCAAGAUUGGUCGCAUGGAUGGUGUGAUCGUGGCCUAUCACAACACCGCAGAAAUCUUCGGCUUCCAAUACAUUCCAUUGGAGGACAUGGAGCGUUGUAUCUAUGGUGGCAUGGAGGCAGCAGAUGUGGCCUUCGAUCUUAGCAUCCAAAUGUUGGAGAAGAUCAUGGAUCUCCUCACCAAG